AUGUGUUUAUAUCCAUUAGGAUUAUUUAUAACUUGGUUUCCAAUAAUAUUCUCUAGAAUUUUAAGAUAUUAUGACAUAGAUUCUUAGUUUAUGGUAUAAGUAGGAUUCGUGAUGGAUAAUAUGAACGGUUUGCUCAAUGCUGUCUCUUUAAACGAAAAUGAAGAUGAUAGCCAAUUUUAAAGUAAGAAAUUAGAAGAAGAGGAUAUUGCAAGAACGGAUUCUAAAUUAAUUAUGAUUUCAUACUGA